CCAAAUUUUUUUUGGCCCCUUUUCAAAGCUUUUUCACUUUUACAGUUUAAUUACUGCUGCAUCCCUCCCUUACUCUCUCCCCUCCAUUUUAGCCUACUUUGAGAAAUACUCCAUUGAAGCGGCUUCAUUUUCUCUCCUGCAUUGAACCAGCGUCUCAGAGGCUUUUGUUCAUAAAACCCUAAAAUGUUAGGACGGAACUAUGAAAAUGUACCUUAUCCCCCUGAGCCGAAGGCGGCUGCCACUCCGGCUUUGGCUCAGGGACCGGCUUUUGAUGAAACACAACCAUUGGUUUUCGAUGAUGAAACACAAAUUAUGGAACUUUCUGGUGAAACUGAUGUGAUUGAUGAUGAUGGGGGUGAUUUUGGUGAGCAUAUGGACACCCAGUUGCUUGAAGUGUCGGAUGAUAACGAUGGUAGCGAGUGCAAUAGUGGUAGGAGAGGUAUUGAAAAAGCUGAAACUUCGGGCGGUGCAGUGGGUUCAAUAGAUGUUGAGUUGCAGGACAGAAGUGGCAACCAAACAGCUGGCUUUGUGGAAAAGGAAACUUCUAAUUGUCGUCGAGAGGAUGGAGGAGAUAGAUCAGAAUCAAUGUUUUCAGGUUCUGCAGAAAGAGGAUUUGCUUCUGUUCGUAUAGCAACUUUACGGGAUGCUGGACUUGCAGCACGUCAGAAGAAUGCUGACAAUGGGUCUGCUGAGAUUCAUUGUUUUGAUGAUCGUGGCAGAAGUUCUAAUGUUGAGAGAGCUGGUAGAGAAAAAGAUAUGGAAAUUAGUGAAGAGGAAGGAUCAAGUGGUGGAGAGAAAAGCAGUGUUGUAAGAUCAUUGGCGCGUAAACUGUUUAGGGAAGAGGAUGUAGCUGAUCUAGAAUCUGAUUAUAAUAUCAGUGAUAGUGAUAGAAAGGAUGAUGUCUGUAAGAAUGACGUGGCAGGACUGAGUUAUGUAGAUUCUCAAGAGCCUGGAGAACUAUCACAAACUACUGCUCUUGAAUUUGUUGACAGAUUCCUGAAAGUUAAUGUUUUCGAGUCAGAUGAAUCUUUAUUACGUAAAAAUGCUGUGGCUGAAUAUAAAAGUCCUGGAGCCAUUGGAAAAGGAGCACAGAGCGUUGCUCAACAAGCCAGACGUAAGAGUAUACUUGCUGAAGCUUCAAUAUAUGAAUGGGAUGACAACCUUGAGGAUGAAGGAGGUGGCGAGUUCUUCAUUAAGAAGAAAGAUAUGCUUUAUGGGACCCCUAAGUCUUGCCCAAAACCUCAGAGUUCCCGGCAUCGUGAAAUCAGAGAAAAUAAAUCUCUUGGAAAGUUACGAAAUGAGAAAAAGAAGCAAAAUCUACAUAAUUCCGUGACAGGCCUUUUAAGUUCUGAUUUAAAAACAGUAAAUGGUGGAGAGAAAGGUAAAGUCAAAGAGAUGCAUUCAGAAAAGAAAGUAUAUAAUUGCUCAGGUCAGGAAUUAGGUUUGGGUUCUUGCAGUAAAGAGGAAUCAGCAGGAGUGCAAGAGGCAUCAGCAGGAGUGCAUGAUCCUCAAUCAACGGAUAUACAUAAUGUGGGAGUUGACACUCAGAUGGCUGCUGAAGCUAUGGAGGCACUGGCAGCGGUAACUGAACUUGUGAAUAAUGAUGAUAAUGUGGUUGAUCUAGGUUGUCAUAGUGAGGAAGGCCAAACUCAAAAAGAAGCUAUGAAAAAUGAUCCUUCCAAGCAAUGUUCACUUCAGAAAAGAGCGUGGUUCUCUACAUCAGUAGUCGUUACUAGAUCCAGAAGUAAAAGGACGAUCAAGACACGUGGACGAUCUACCAUGGGAAAGUUUGAUGUUGACCUAGUUAACUCUAAGGUGAAACAGAACAGGUCCAGUAUGAAAAACUUUUCGACAGUAGAUAGGGAAUCAUCCGAUGGAGGUGCAGUGAGUGUUGGUGGCAAGCAACCAAAGAGUAACUUUGAAGGACAACUAAUUAAUAAUCCACCCCAACCAUUAAAAAGGCGGAGUUUACGAGGGAGAGCUAGUACAUUUACACCAGUUGUUCAACAGGCUGCUCAGAGUAUAAUGCAUCAUCAUAAAAAGAGGAAAACAAGAAAUAAUGCGGUCUCUGAAAAUAUGGAUGAUGCAUUUGGUGAUUCUGGAGAAAGGCAUUGCCUGGAUUUAGUUCAUGAAAGAAAGCGGAAGACAAGAAAUAACGCAGUCUCUGAAAAUUUGAACAAUAGAAACGACAGUGCUUUGGCUAACAGCAAUAAGGUUGAUGGGUUGAAUUGUAGAACAGGACACAUUCAGCGUGCCUCUAACGAGGACCAACAAUGCGGGGACAAAGGGUACACAUUUAGUGCUGACAGGGGCCCGGAAUUCACAAUGGGGUUUAUUGCUCGACGGACAAGAUCAAGAUCAAGGUCAAGCACUACUCAGCGUGCAGGAAGUACACUAGAUGAGAUAGGUCUCUUUUCUAGUGGAAUGCUAUCAUCAAGAAAUACUCGUCAAUUUUCUUCCAAGAAGCAAGAUGCAUCAUCCCCUCUUGCCAAAGGAACCUUAGCCUCUGCCACAAUAGAUGGAUCACCUGUAAACUUGCCUAAAUUAUCUAUCCCAACAGAUAGUACUCCUGUUAACUUAAAAACUCCUAGAACUUCAGUUUCACCCAUUUGCAUGGGUGAUGGAUAUCAUACACCAUCUUGUAAAAAGAGUUUAUCACUCAAGAAAGAAGUCAGUGGUCUGAUUGCCAGCGAGCAGAGAACCAGCUCUCCCUUCAAAGGUUUGAGGCAGAGAAGAGAAAUGCACAAUGUUCGUGUUUUGUUCAGCCAACACUUGGAUGACGAUAUCAUUAAGCAGCAGAAGAAGAUUUUGUCUCGUUUCAGUGUUUCAGUGGCUUCUUUAAUUUCGGAGGCCACACACUUCGUUGCUGAUAGGUUUGUACGCACAAAAAACAUGUUAGAAGCUAUUGCUUAUGCAAAACCUGUUGUGACACACUUGUGGCUUGAGAGCUGUGGACAAGCUAACUGUUUCAUUGAUGAGAAAAAUUACAUCCUUCGUGAUGCUAAGAAGGAGAAAGAGCUAGGUUUCAACUUGCCAAGGUCAUUGGCGCAUGCAAGUCGCUAUCCUCUUUUGGAGGGUAAAAGAGUUCUAAUCACUCCAAAUGCAAAGCCUGGGAAAGAAGUAAUUUCAAGCUUGGUGAAGGCAGUUCAUGGUCAGGCUAUAGAAAGGAUGGGCAGAUUCAUAUCAAAUAAUGAUGACCUGUUGGUCCUAUCCUGUGAUGAAGAUUUUGAAGACUGUGUGCCAUUGUUGGAGAAAGGAGUUGCUGUUUAUAGUUCAGAGCUUCUACUUAAUGGAGUAAUUACUCAGCGACUGGAAUAUGAAAGAUAUCGUCUCUUUGUGGCCAAUGUAAAAAAAACUCGCUCAACGUUAUGGCUAAAGAAGGGUGGAGAACAGUUUCUUCCUGUUACCAGAACUUAGUAUACCUUUGACUAACUUUGUAUAUUCUGUACGAUUUGUACCCUUUUCAUGUUUGUGCAGCCUGCUAAUGUAAAUAUUUGCAUUCGCAUUGUUUGUUCUAUUGUGAAGUGUGCCUUUUGUAUUUCUUCUC